AUGUCGAGCCAGCGCAGCAAUUACAUGCGAAAGUGGUUGUGCAAGAUCGACGACGGCGUGGCAUGUGACAAGACUCGAAAGCACUCCAACGAUGGGUUCAAGACACAUGUUGUGUCUGUCCAUCAGUUGGAGUGGGUCCGCAACGGCCGCGAAACAUUUGGAGUGAAGAUCGAUGCGCCGGCAGUUGAGGACGCUCCAUCGAACGAGGAUGAUGCCGUUGCUCGCCGCCGCCGUCGCAACUAA